AUGUCGCUACAACUCAGCGCCGCAAGGCGUCUCACCAUCAAGCGGCCUGCUUCCCUCUGCCACGCCUAUCACAGCCCGCCGCGACUAUCGCUGGCUGACAGAGUUCCACAUGCCCGGCAAACCCUCUCAACACGGUCCGACGAAAAUACAAAGUCAGUCCAUGACGAUGAUGUUGCGGCGCUAAAAGAUGCUCCGUACUGUCGCAACAAGACGCGACCUGAGGACGAGCUCCUCGCUGCUGCGUCGGAAGCCGAUGCCCAGCGCACUGUGAACCCGUUGGAGGCGAGCGGUGCCAAUACAGAUAUUAGCAAGCUAAGCAGCGAUAUGCUGACGGGGGAGUAUGUGAGUAUCAAGUGGGAAGAGGCUAAGCGGGAGCGUAGUCGGUACGGGAGGACGCCUGGUAAGAGAGAGAAGUUGCACGUCUGGAAGAAGACUAAAAAGGUUAGCUUUAGAUAG